AGCUCAUGACUUGGACCAAGGCUAGCUACCAUCUUUCGUGAAAGGCCUCACAUCUAUAUCCAGAGAAAAGCUAAUUCUGGCACAACAAACUAUAGAAGGAGAGCUAGAGAUAUAGAGUGAUAGAGCGAUCGAUGGAGGAGUAGAAGAUGGACAACAGAAGUAAGGGAGAGCAGAAAGUAGUGCUAGAAGGGGAGGAGGAGGAUGUAGCGCUUCCGGGGUUCCGGUUCCACCCCACAGACGAAGAGCUCGUCGGGUUUUAUCUCCGCCGGAAGGUGGAGAAGAAGCCUCUUCGUACAGAAAUAAUCAAACAGAUAGAUAUCUACAAGUAUGAUCCAUGGGAUCUUCCAAUUAGCACUGUUGGAGGAGAGAAGGAAUGGUACUUCUUUUGUCUUAGGGGAAGGAAGUAUAGGAACAGCAUAAGGCCCAAUAGGGUGACUGGGUCUGGGUUUUGGAAGGCAACCGGCAUCGACAGACCGAUACACUCCACAGGUGAUGCCGGUGAUUGCAUCGGCCUGAAGAAGUCUUUGGUUUAUUAUAGAGGAAGUGCAGGAAAAGGCACCAAAACAGAUUGGAUGAUGCAUGAAUUCCGCCUUCCAGCUACUGACAAGAACAAUGACAAUUCUCCAAGACUCCAGGAAGCUGAAAUUUGGACGAUAUGUCGAAUCUUCAAGAGGAAUGUCUCCUACAAGAAAUAUCAACAAGGUUGGAAAGCAUCAGCUAGCAAGCAAAUGUCAACUGAAUCGAGUUCCAAAACAAGCAGCUUUGAGUCUGAUACUGGAGAUGAGUACAAGCACCUUGGUUCCUCAGGCAUUCUGCGAGGCGAAAUGAAGUUGAUUACUAAUUACUAUGAAGAAGAGAACCAGAUGCUUCCAAGCCAAUGGAACCCAAUGGUGCAAGCUCCUUUAACAACAUGGCGUCCAAACAUUCCGAAUCCCAGCACAAACGAUCAGUUCUUCAAAGAUGGCAACUGGGAUGAACUUGGAAGGAUAAUGGAGUUCAUGACUGAUACAAACAAAGCUCAUUUGGGUAGGUACACUUAAAUAACUACAUGUUUCUUUUUUUGUUUUUUCUAAUCCUGUAUGUAAAUUAUAAGACAAUGUUACCAUAUGUAACUAUGAAGUAGCUAAGCUUGACAGUUCCAUGCCAAGUUCUAAGAUAAGGAUAUGUGUGUGAAUUCUACUUGCAAUAAUUAUAUGCUUUUAAGGUGUCGAUUUUUGGAGACACAAUGUAUUACUCUGUGGCUAUGUUGCAGACUAAUCAGUUAAACAGACAGUAAAGACGUUUGAUUGUUGUUUGGU